AUGGAUGACAUCGUUAACACAACUCUUUCCGCGGAUCCUCUGGAUAGAAUUAAGGAGAGAGCUUUUCUCCUUUAUUGGAAUGACAUAUACAAGGAAUUGUAUUUCCCGAAUACAAUUAUUUUGGCACUUUACCUAUUAAUUGGAAUCCCGGGUAACAUUGUUGUUAUCCUUGUAUAUCAGUUUCGACUUCGCAAAGAAAAAGAUGGACGAUACUUCAUCACCCCACUUGCGUACUUGGAUCUUCUAGCUCUGAUCAUUACUGCAUCCCUGAACCUGACGAGGAACACUCGUCAAGUUUUGUUUCCAGGACACGGAGUCUGUAGAAUGUUGCUGUAUCUGAGCUACAUGAGUACGUGUAGUUCUCUCUUUCUGCUUAACGUCAUCGCAGUUCAACGAUUCCAAAAGAUCUGUAGACCGUUUGGGCGGCAAAUGGAUGUGUUCUGGAAAAAAGCGUCGAUUGGAAUCUGCGUCUUGGUGUCUACAAUGCUUUACAUUCCGGUAUUGUUCUACUACGGAGUUAUUGAAAUCCGCAAUCCACAGCUUGGAAACAUCACCGGAUACCAGUGUAACAAGUUACCGGGUAGUGCUGCUCAGCUAAAAGGCCUCAGAAUAUUCCAGGGAUUCGGGUUCUUCAUCACGAUCUCGAAUGUUGUGGUGAUUACUGUAUUGUAUAUUAUCAUAACUGUUUCUAUCGUCAAACAAGUUAGAAAAAUGAAGUCCACCAAAGUCCAAGCGACAGGAGAUUCGAGCGGAACACCCGACACUACAGCGAUGUCUUAUGUUUCCAAACAUCAAACAAGCAUGUCUGCAGCAACCGAGAGCAGUGAAGCAUUAGAAUCCAGUGUUCAUUCCAUGUCCAAGUUAAAACCAACCAAACAAAAAAAGGCACAUCAAAAGUCUGACGCCAGACGAGGAGCCUUCCGAGUGUCCUUUAUGUUCAUGACAAUUUCAUUUGUCGGGUUCCUGGCCUACAUCCCAUCAUGGACGUUCAUCGUCAUAGAAACCAACAACCCAGUUUUCUGGAAAAGUAUGUCUACAACUGUAUUUCAUGUCUGCCUCGCGCUGCGGAGAAUGUAUAUGUUGAACCACUUCGCAAAUCCUUUCAUUUAUAGUGUUUUUGACAUUGCCUUCAGACAAGAAAUUAGAAAACUAUUCUGUGUCAAAUGA